AUGCAGUACGGACUCACUGUGUUACAGUUCCAAGCUUUCAUGCCACAGGACGCCGGGCGCGUGAGAGUGGAUUCACAGGCGCAGAAGAAGAAGGAGAAUGAUAGAAUUAUGAAGGUCGAGACGGCCAGACGGCCACUACGGAAGAAGUCAUCGUAUCCGGAUCCAGUCGAGUCCAUCGCUCUGAUGAUUCGGGAUUGCUAUGCGCCUGAGACGAGCCAUAUCGCGCACAAUCAGGAGAAUGGCCGCAAGCAGCACGACGUUCCAAUUGACAGCAUUGAUACGCUACGACGUCUGGCCAUUUGCUCAAGGCAGCUUCAAGGUCUGACCGAACCUUUGAUAUAUCACCGUUUGCUCCUCCGCAAUGGCAGAAAGACAGAACACAUUGUGAGGUCCUUACGUGCUCGCCCGGACCGAGCCAUCGCUAUUCGAAAUCUGGUCAUUGCAUGCGAGACUGGUGUUCCGCAAUCAUUUGGACCAUCGGGCAUCGCGGGCGUGCUGAAUCGCGCUAUGCGGCUGGAGACACUGUACUUCGAGAGUCCUGAAUGCAAUUCCGCCAAUUUCGAACCCCACGCUCCAUGGACUUACAUGUUCGAUCGCAUAAUCCGUCCGUUCCAAGACGCAACGGCGUCUCCAGGCGGAUCUCUUCCAGCGCCAAGACCGUUGCAAUGUCUGAAAGAGCUCACAAUCCACAUGAACGGCGCUUCGUCGCCGUACUGGACGAUCGAUCAAAGAAGCGCAUCGAUCUUCCUCCUUCCAGCGUUGGAAACUCUCAAAAUCUCAUGUGUCAUCAUCGAGGACUCCCUCAGCGGCAUCAAUCGAGCUCAUACCAGUCCUCUCAAGCACCUCGAGCUGGAGGAAGUCUACAUCACGCUGCAGGGACUCGAGAGUGUGCUGCAGCUUCCAACUGCGCUAGAGACGCUCAUACUGUUGGAGAACAUGCACAAUGCGAAUCAAUUCCCCAUCCGACCAUCACCAACAUGGAAUCGACUCUUCCAGAACAACCCUGGUCCAACGAUGAAGUGCAUCGACCAGCAGCGUGCAUCUCUGAAGUCAUUCACCUACGGUACGACAGACAACCCGCCCUUCGAUGGAGGUGGGCGGCUGGCUUUGAAGGACCCGACUCCUGUGGACGGCGCAUUCGCCGACUUCCCUCUCCUUGAGGAAGUCUGCCUCAACGUUUGGGGAGAAUGCAUCAGCUUCGAGCGCGCUGUGUUGUCAUCCUCGCCACCACCGAAUCUGAAGAAGCUUGCCUACGUGGGAAGCCGACCCUUUAGCAGCAAAACCGCAAGUGCCGCAGAACCGCAGGAAGCGUCUUCGCCGAUGAGUCAAGUUCCAUUUCUACGAGCACCCGCUUCCUCGCUCCCGCUGGGCCUGCGGACCAUCUGUAUGUCAUAUUCAAGACCACCUCUGAGUUCGUUCCAUUCGACCAGUCUCCUCGGCCGGACGAUCAAGGCGGUAGACGCAGAAUUGCGCAGAAUCGGAGACAUUGAUCUUGAGGUUACCGCUUUCGAGUACAACCGAUACUUCCCUCCCUUUUUAUAUGGAGAACCGACACCGAAGGAAAUCGGCAUCUUUAGUGAUAGUCGGUUCCAGGAGGAUUUUCAGACGUACUGGAAUGAGGAUGGUGAUUCUGCGACCGAAUCUGAGGGUGAUCUCGAUUUGAGCUACAACGAUGUGUUCGGGAGCGAUUCAGAUUGA